UCGUUGUCGUUGGAAGACAUUUCUGCUCCCAAUUUUAGCAUAACAUAACCUCUAUACAUAGAAUAUCGUUACGAAAGUUUGACAGAGGAUCAACAAGGUCAAGGCAAGUGAUUUCAAAAAGUGUAAAUUGGAAGGUGAAAAUUUCACUCAUGAACAUCAGUAAUCUCAAUUUUUCACCGUGAAAGUGUGAAAAAUGCAAUUCGCAUCUUUUUAUUUCAAUAAUCGGAAUAAUAGCUGCACGAAAUGAAAUAGUUGAAAUGCAUCAUUUGCCAAUUUCAAAAUUCAAAAUCGAACACUUCCAUCGAUGUCGGCAACUUCAGGCAUGAUAAUGUCCAUUUUAAACCGUCGCCAACUUCAUACAGAUCGAGAUUGAAAACACGACGAGGAUAAGCGAGUCGGUGUUUCGGUUUAUUUUUCUGUCGGUUAAAUAAGUGAUUUUUCUCAAAGUCAUCGAUGAUUUUAUAGUACAAUCAGGAGAAAGGAUAAUGAAAACAAUGGCUCACCAUUACGUGGUAACGGCUCACAAGCCAACGGCAGUCACGGCUUGCGUGACCGGCAAUUUCACGUCACCCACCGAUCUGAAUCUGAUUUUGGCGAAAAACAUGAGGCUCGAGAUCUACCUUGUGACCCCUGAAGGGCUUCGUCCACUCAAAGAAGUUGGCAUAUAUGGCAAAAUUGCUGUAGUCAAAUUUUUCAGACCACAACACGAAAAGAAAGACUUGCUCUUUUUGUUAACUACGCGUUAUAAUGCAAUGAUCUUGGAGUGCGUAGGAGAAGGAGAAGAUAUUGAAAUAAUUACAAAAGCUCAUGGCAAUGUAGCCGAUAGAAUUGGGAAGGCUUCCGAGACUGGAAUCAAAGCUGUAAUUGAUCCCAAAGCAAGGGUCAUUGGCUUACGACUUUACGAUGGUUUGUUUAAAAUUAUUCCGCUUGACAAAGAUAAUCCAGAAUUAAAAGCAUCCUCUAUACGCAUGGAUGAGCAAAACGUCCAGGAUGUUAACUUUUUACAUGGUUGUACAAAUCCAACUUUGAUCCUAAUUCAUCAAGAUAUCAAUGGAAGGCAUGUCAAAACUCAUGAAAUUUCAUUGAGGGAUAAGGAAUUUGUUAAAAUUCCAUGGAGACAAGAUAAUGUUGAAAGAGAAGCCAUGAUGGUUAUUCCAGUUCCAUCACCUAUUUGUGGAGCUAUCAUCAUUGGCCAAGAAAGUAUUUUAUACCAUGAUGGUACUACUUACGUAACAGUAGUACCACCAAUUAUCAAACAAAGCACCAUCUCAUGUUAUGCUAAAGUAGACAAUCAAGGGCUUCGUUAUCUAUUAGGAGACUUGGCUGGACAUUUAUUUAUGCUGUUUUUGGAGCAAGAUAAGAAAGCAGAUGGCUCCAUGGUAAUAAAGGACUUAAAAGUUGAAUUACUUGGAGAAGUCAGUAUUCCGGAAUGCAUAACAUACUUGGACAAUGGAGUAAUCUUCAUUGGGAGUCGGUUGGGUGAUUCUCAGUUGAUAAAGCUGAAUACCAAGCCUGAUGAAAAUGGUUCCUACUGCAGCACCAUGGAAACUUUUACCAAUCUUGCCCCAAUAGUAGACAUGGCUGUUGUGGAUCUCGAGAGACAAGGCCAAGGACAAAUAGUCACUUGCUCUGGAGCUUUUAAAGAAGGAUCCUUGAGAAUAAUAAGAAAUGGAAUCGGCAUUCAAGAGCACGCGAGUAUUGACCUGCCUGGAAUAAAAGGAAUGUGGGCCUUGAAAGUCGAUAGUGUUAACUUCGACAAUACUCUGGUAUUAUCAUUUGUUGGACAAACGAGAAUUUUAAUGUUGAAUGGUGAGGAAGUAGAAGAAACUGAAAUACCUGGUUUCGUUGCCGACGAACAAACGUUUCACACCGGCAAUGUCACCAAUGACGUAAUUAUUCAAAUCACACCUACAUCUGCUAGAUUAAUCUCUAAUAAGAGCAGUUCUGUCAUCUCUGAAUGGGAGCCUGAUAAUAAAAGAACCAUCAGUGUUGUAGCAUGCAAUGGCACUCAGGUACUGUGCGCAACAGGAAACGAUUUGUUCUAUUUGGAAAUAAAUGAUAAUCAGAUAGUCUCAAAAGGUUACACUACUCUUCAGCAUGAGGUGGCAUGUGUUGACAUCUCCCCAUUAGAUGGAAGCAGCGAGGCAAAGAUUGUCGCUGUUGGUUUGUGGACAGAUAUUUCUGUCCGUAUAUUAACUUUACCAAAACUAGAGGAAAUAAACAAAGAAUUGCUUGGUGGUGAAAUAAUUCCCAGGUCCAUAUUAAUGACUUGCUUUGAAGGCAAUACGUAUCUUCUGUGCGCAUUGGGAGAUGGAAGCAUGUAUUACUUUACAUUGAACAAACAGAAUGGAAUGCUAGCCGAUAAAAAGAAAGUUACUCUUGGUACCCAACCAACGGUCUUGAGAACUUUUAGAUCUCUUUCGACAACAAAUGUUUUUGCCUGCUCUGAUAGGCCGACAGUUAUUUACAGCUCUAAUCAUAAGCUUGUAUUCAGUAAUGUUAACUUGAAAGAAGUCAAUCACAUGUGCUCUUUAAAUGCAGAAUCCUAUUCAGACAGUUUAGCCCUUGCAACAGAUAAUACAGUCACUAUUGGAACGAUUGAUGAAAUACAAAAGCUCCAUAUAAGAACUGUACCUCUGUAUGAAUCGCCGAGAAGAAUCGCGUACCAGGAAAGCACUCAAACUUUUGGAGUAAUCACUAUGCGCGUGGAUAUUCAAGAAAGCAAUGGCGUUAAUAUUGCCAGACCAUCGGCUUCGACGCAAGCUGCUUCUAUAUCGAAUAGCAAUCACAUUCCAACGCACAAUAAACCCUCCAAUACAGCGAGUGAAAUAGGACAAGAAGUUGAAAUUCACAAUUUACUAAUUGUGGAUCAGCAUACCUUUGAAGUACUUCAUGCUCAUACUUUGGUACCGACUGAAUACGCAAUGUCUUUAAUUUCUACAAAAUUAGGUGAAGAUCCAACUCCGUAUUACAUUGUUGGUACAGCUAUGAUUAAUCCUGAUGAGUCGGAGCCCAAAUCGGGCAGGAUUUUACUGUAUCAUUGGAAUGACGGAAAACUAACACAAGUUGCUGAAAAAGAAAUCAAAGGUUCAUGUUAUUCCUUAGUUGAAUUUAACGGUAAACUUUUGGCUAGUAUUAACAGCACAGUCAGAUUAUUCGAAUGGACUGCAGAAAAAGAGUUGAGGCUAGAAUGCAGUCACUUCAAUAAUAUCAUAGCUUUAUACUUGAAAACAAAAGGCGAUUUCGUACUUGUGGGAGAUUUGAUGAGAUCGGUAACUUUACUUCAAUACAAGACUAUGGAAGGAAGCUUUGAAGAAAUUGCCAGGGAUUACAAUCCUAAUUGGAUGACAUCCAUCGAAAUUUUGGAUGACGACACUUUCUUAGGAGCCGAAAAUUGUUUCAAUCUUUUCGUUUGUCAAAAAGACAGUGCUGCCACAUCUGAGGAAGAAAGGCAACAAAUGCAAGAGGUUGGUCAGUUCCAUUUAGGUGACAUGGUAAACGUUUUUAGACAUGGAUCUUUAGUCAUGCAACAUUUGGGUGAAUCAAGCACUCCGACUCACGGUUGUGUGCUUUUCGGCACUGUAUGUGGUGCCAUUGGUUUGGUAACACAAAUCCCAUCGACGUUUUAUGAAUUCCUUCGUAAUUUGGAAGACAGACUAACAUCCGUAAUAAAAAGUGUGGGCAAAAUUGAACACAACUUCUGGAGAAGUUUCAAUACAGAUUUAAAGAUAGAGCAAUGUGAAGGAUUCAUCGAUGGAGAUUUGAUUGAGAGUUUCUUGGAUUUGAGCCAUGAAAAAAUGGCCGAAGUCGCUAUGGGUAUAGUGAUUGAUGACGGCAGCGGCAUGAAAAAGGAAGCAACGGUCGAUGACUUGGUUAAGAUUGUUGAAGACCUUACAAGGAUACACUAAAUUUUAAUUACAAAUUGCUUUUUUAAUUAAUUUCUCAAAAAUGUGUAACAUUGCGAUUAUAUAUGCGACGAGGGUAUGUACUUUGAUUCUAGUGUUGAGCACGCAGUCCUCGCAUACAAGUACUCAUAAAUUAUGUAAAUAUGUAAGAGUCGGCAACGCUAAUUAUUAUAUAUAAUUCAUUCGAAAUCAUGAUGAACUGUGACAAAAAGCCAAUAUUCACACUUUGUAAAGUAAAAUUCGUAUCUUUGUAAGUUCAGUGUGAAUUGUAAGAUCUCGCUAUAUGGAGAUUCUUCCUUUGGUUUAUUCUGAACGUUUUUUUUUUUUUUAACUUUAUUGUGUAGUCUAAGACAAAAUCGAUAAAUGAAAAUAUAUAGAUUUUCAAAAACACAA